AUGAACCAAGACACUACUCUCAGUCAGAUGGAUGCCGAAAAGAAAUCAGAAGAGAUAAUAACUAGAAAGCCAAGCCUCGCCGAAGGUACUGUAACAUCUCACCAGGGAGCCAACCCCCCGGACUUCAACCAGCUCGCUAUCAACAAUGCAAUCGAAUCAAUCGGAAUGGGCCGCUAUCAAUGGCAGCUGAUGAUCUCUUGUGGAUUUGGAUUCAUUGCAGAUCAGAUGCUUCUUGUCUCCAUCAGUCUAGUCAUGCCCCAAGCCUCGAAGGAAUUCGGCCCUCGAUACGGAACACUCCUUUCCGCCACACAAUACGCAGGGUUAGGAGUCGGUGCUGUCGUCUAUGGGCUUAUCGCUGAUUUAACUGGCCGUCGUCUAGCGUGGCAGACGUCUAUCUUUGGCGUGUCUGUCUUUACUGCCAUCUGUGCCGCCUCACCCAACUGGGCUGCGUUGAAUGUUUUCGUUGUGCUCUCUGCCUUUUUUGGCGGCGGGAAUUGGGAUAUAGUGGCAAUUGACCUCACAGUACUCGUAUUGCUUCUCCUCAUCCGAAAGGGCUUCGUUGACUCACUAUGGAUAGCCUGGCCACUUGUGGUGAACUUUUGUUGCCCAGCUGGCGCUACUCCGGAAACGUGUACCAAAGCUAAUAACAUGGGAUGGCGAUACCUGUACAUCAUUCUUGGGGGAUUGUGUCUCAUAAUGUCAGUUCUGCGCACUUUCACGCUGGGAAUGAGCGAGUCCCCCAAGUGGCUUGUAUCACGGGGAGAAUUGAACGAAGCAGUGGCGUCCAUCAAUACAAUGAGCAAAGUCAACAAAUCAACAUAUGUGAUGAUGGUUGAUCAGUUGCGCCCUCAUGAGCAUGAAGAUUCCAAGAGCGCUAUUAAGAAAGCCGCCUCCAUGGUUGGCGCAUUAUUCCAGGGCUCGAAACAGAUUCGUUCAAUGAUAUGCUUGGUUAUUCUAUGGCUACUUAUCGGCAUCGCGUACCACACCCCUCCAUCCACAGCCCGCGAACGAUAUCCUGUCUAUACCGUGUUUCUCCCAUAUUACCUUGAAGCGCACGGCGCCACCUUAGGCGAUGGAAGCACUUAUCAGACCUACCGAGACUGGUCAAUCUCCUCGGUAGUCGGAAUCUGGGGACCGAUUCUAAGUGCAUUCCUGGUACAGGUGCCUUUCCUCGGACGUCGACGCUCAAUGACACUGACAGCCUGCGCCUGCGCCGCCUUUUCAGGCGCCUUUACUACCGUCAAGAACGAGUCACAGAAUCUGGCCUUUUCUAGCAUGAUUAACUUUUGGCUCAAUGCUCUGUACGGCAUCAUUUACGGGUAUACGCCAGAGGUCAUGCCAGAUGCAUAUAGGGGCAUUGGCUGUGGGCUGACUCUCGCCUGUGGUCGGAUUGCUUCUCUUUCAGCCCCGUUCAUCGCGACCUUCGGGGAUGUCACGACGUCUGUGCCUAUCUGGGUUUGCUGUGCGUUCUUUGGGGUUAUUGGGAUUGUGUCAUUGGUUUUGCCAUUCGAACCAGGGGAUUCCUCAUGA